CUGUCGCGGCUGCUGCCGGCGGCGCUGGGGUGGGGGCGCCUGGGCGCCAUGUCCCGCUACAGCACGGAACAGCGGGGCCGGCCCAACUCGCCCGAUUACCGCCUCUACUUUAAGAAUGCAGAUGGUAAAUAUAUUUCCCCAUUCCAUGACAUUCCCCUGUUUGCUGAACCUAAAGAGGAUAAAGAAAUUCCUGCAAAGAGGUCAAAGACUACCGGAUCUGAGGAAUACUGUCCUGAGGAAGGUGUCAGCCAGCAGAGUUGACAUGAGACUGCCUGGAGGAACUCCUCUUUCUGGCCUGUUGCACAGUGGACUCUUAUGUGGAGUUCUGUUUAAUAUGAUUGUAGAAGUGCCUCGUUGGACUAAUGCAAAAAUGGAGAUUGCCACUGAGGAGCCGUUGAAUCCCAUUAAACAUGAUAUAAAGAAAGGCAAGCUUCGAUAUGUGGCAAAUAUCUUUCCUCACAAGGGUUAUAUAUGGAAUUAUGGUGCCCUCCCACAGACCUGGGAAGAUCCAAACCAUACAGAUAAUGUUACAGGAUGUUGUGGGGAUAAUGAUCCUAUUGACGUUUGUGAAAUAGGUUCAAAGAUUCGUUCUUCUGGUGAGAUUGUUCAGGUGAAGGUCUUGGGUGUUUUAGCUCUUGUUGAUGAAGGAGAGACAGAUUGGAAGAUAAUUGCCAUCAGUGCAGAUGACCCAGAAGCUCAGAAAAUCCAUGAUAUCGAUGAUGUGAAGAAGCAUAAACCAGGUUAUCUUGAAGCUACAGUUGACUGGUUCCAAUUAUAUAAAGUCCCUGAUGGUAAACCAGAAAAUCACUUUGCUUUUAAUGGAGAGUUUAAGAACAAGGAUUUUGCUGUUGAAAUUAUUAAAUCUACCCAUGAACACUGGAAAGCAUUGCUUCAUAAGAAAGCUGAUGGAGGUACUAUAAAGUGCACAAAUGUUCUGGUGAAUGGCAGCCCAUUCUGUUGCAGUGAGGAGGAUGCCCGAUCGAUUGUGCAGUCAGCACCAGCAUUUAUGAACGGAGAUUCUGUUCCCUCAGAAGUUGAUUCCUGGUACUUUUUUCCCAAGUGAUCAAGAUCUUCUGAAGGUGCAUCAUCAAAUCUUAAAAAUCAUCCCUUUCUUUGAAGACAAAAGCACUGAUUGUUUCCUGUUGAAACAACUUUUCAACUUCUGUAAACCUUCUCUCAUGUAAAUAAACUGCCAUUUUAAAAUGAAUGUUUCCUUUUUAUGUC